UUGCUUAAGCAACGCAUUCAACAAUAGCGCUAUAAUUAGAUGUGUACUAUAGUGCUCAACAAUUGAGUGCGUUCAUUCAGCGAAAAAAAAAGAAAAGAAAAAAGAAUUGAGUGCGUUCUCUUCUUGUGUCUACACUUUAUUGUUGAAGUGUUUCCUCACGCCCUUUCAAAGAUUUUCAGCAAUUUAUAUAUAUAGUAAAUCAAUCCACCAGUGGUUUCUAAGUUUCAGCUAUGGAAGAAACUCCCGGGAAGAAAGUGCUGAUCACCUCAGAUGGUGAUGAGAUCUCAGAGAACAUUGCUCUCCAUUUAGCCAAACGGGGAUGCAGCUUGGUUCUGAUGGGCAAUGAGAGCUGUCUUCUGAGUAUAGCCGGAAAGAUAAAUGGUUCAGUGAAAGGUGUGAAGCCGGUGGAGGUGGUUGGUGUAGAUAUGGAGGAGGAGAGAGAGGGUCACUUUGCUGAGGCAGUAAACAAGGCAUGCGUAAUUCUGGGAAGUUUAGAUGCUUUUGUUCAUUGUUAUUUCUAUGAAGGAAAGAUGCAAGAACACCUACAAUUAGGUGAAGAUGAGUUCAACAAGAUAAUGAAAAUAAAUUUUAUGGCUCCGUGGUUUCUGUUAAAUGCUGUGGGAAAAAGAAUGCGGGACUAUAAAUCUGGAGGUUCCAUUGUACUCUUGACCUCGAUAAUUGGUUCUCCAAGAGGGCUUUAUCCAGGAGCUGCUGCGUAUGGUUCAUGUUCGGCAGGACUGCAGCAGUUAGUCAGGGCAUCAGCUUUGGAAAUCGGAAAAUACAAGAUCAGAGUUAAUGCAAUUGCACGUGGCUUACACAUGCAAGAUGAAUUCCCAAAGUCAGUGGGGAAGGAGAGAGCAGAAAAGUUUGUCAAUUACGCAGCACCACUUGAGAGGUGGCUUGAUGUCAAAACAGACCUGGCUUCAACUGUUUCCUAUUUAAUCAGUGAUGGGUCACGUUACAUGACUGGAACAACUGUAUUUGUUGAUGGAGCACAAUCUCUUACAAGGCCUAGGAUGCGUUCUUUCAUGUGAUUCUCAUCAUCUCUGCUAGAAUAUAUUGGCAGAGUUAACCAGAGAAUUGAGCAUGGAGCCCAUGAUCGGAUGUGUUGUCUAGAAACAUCAACAGAAAGCAUUGCUUUGGUAAUUUAAGAGUUACAAUUAAAAUUUUCUUAUUUUUUUUUAUUAUCUGUUGCUCUUAUUAAUAUGUUCAAGUGUAAUAAAUUCAGCUAAUUGUAUGAGAACUUUUACUAUUUUAAGUAUUUA